UCCAUAGAAAGAAACAGAGACUUACAGGCAGUGGAAGAAAGUGCGAAAAAAAUCAAAAAAAAAAAAAAAAUCAUCUCCCAUUUUCUUCAAGCUUCGAUCCUAGUUUUAUUUGGGUAUGAGUUAGGAUUUUCGGCAAUAAUUACGUCGUGGGUCAGCUAAAUAUCUCAGAUUUGAAAGAUUUUUGUCUAAAAUCUUGUUUGAGGUCCCAUAAAACAACACUGCCAAGUAGCGACCAAUUCUUUGCCGGUGAGGAAUACAAGUGAUUUAAGUUUCUGUACUAAUGGCGGAAGCUGCUGUAGAGUUUCUGUUGGACAAACUAUCAGCGGUGAUCAGGGAAGAGUGGUCACUCUUGGGAGGGAUUAGAGAAGACGCACAAUACAUCAUGAAUGCCUUGAAUCGUCUAAAGGCAGCUUUGAGAGUUGCUGACGAGAGGGAAGAAAUGGAUCCUCAAGUUAAAGCUUGGGUGAAGAUAGUCCGGGAGCUGGCUUAUGACACCGAAGAUGUUCUUGACGAAUUCCUGUUCCGCUUUGGAGGUCGCAACACUGGUGGAGGAUUGUUCACUAAGAUGAAGAACAAAUACAAUUCUGCCAAGAACUUGAGAGCUCAGCACAGGCUUGCACUUGCACUGCAAAAGAUCAAGGCCAGAAUCAGCGAAAACUCCCAAUAUCAGCCAAUCUUGCCAACAACAACUGUUCACAACCAACAAUUGCAUGGCCGAUGGGAUACCGGUAUUCCAGAAGAGUCGGAUCUGGUAGGUUUUGAAAAUUCCAAGCAGUCUCUUAUUCAACUCCUUCUUGGCGCUGUUGAUGAUGAUUUGAGGGUUCACUCUGUGGUGGGCAUGGGGGGAUUGGGGAAGACCACUUUGGUUAAAAAGGCUUAUGAUGAUGCAAAAGUGAAAAAACACUUUCAGUAUCGUGUGUGGGUUACUGUUUCUGAAACAUUCAAGAUUGGGGAGUUGCUGAAAGAUGCAAUUAAGCAACUAGUGAAGCAAACAAAUAAAGAACUCCCACCAGAUUUUGAAACCAUGGGCUUUACUCAAUUGAAAGAUUUUGUUAUAAACAUUCUUUCAGAGCAAAGGUACAUCAUUGUUUUAGAUGACGUAUGGAGUUUUGAUGUUUGGGACGCUAUCAAAUAUGCUUUUCCUAGACAAAAGUUUGGUAGCCGAAUAGUUAUCACUACAAGGAAUAGUGAAAUAGGGCGGGAUGCAUGUCACCAAACCCAAGGUGAUGUGUACGAGUUGAAGCUUUUGUCUGAGAAAGAUUCAUGGGGAUUGUUUUGCAAAAAAACAUUUUUGAGUGAUUCAUGUCCUCCACAUUUGGUGAACAUUGCUGAAGAUAUUGUAAAUAAAUGUGGUGGUCUGCCUCUAGCGAUUGUGGUAAUUGCCGGUAGUUUGGCUACCAAGGAUAAGGAUAUUGCAGUAUGGAAAAGUUUCCAGAAUGGUUUGAACUUCCAAUUGAAAACCAAUGACAGGAUGAAAAACUUGAAAAAUCUAUUAUCCUUGAGUUACUAUGAUCUACCAUAUUAUCUAAAGUAUUGUUUCUUGUACUUUAGCAUCUUCCUUGAGGAUGCCAUCAUUAAAAAAAACAGAGUCAUUCAACUAUGGAUUGCAGAAGGCUUUGUCAAGGAGGAUGAUCAACAAGUGAAAGAAGAAGUUGCUGAAGCUUAUCUCAAUGAGCUAAUUCAUCGAAAUUUAAUUCAAAUUGCAAAGAAGUCUCAUGCGGGAAAGAUUAUUGGCUUACGAAUCCAUGAUAUUUUACGAGAAAUAAUCCUUUCAAAGGCAUUAGAGCAAAACUUUGCAGUCAUCCUCACUGGACAGAACAAAGAAUGGUUCGACAACAAGUGUCGACGCCUAAUAAUCCACAGAUUUGAUGAUGACAUUCUAAAGAGCACUUCCUCCAAAAGUCAUAUCCGUUCUUUACAGCUCUGUAAUGAUGAGGUACCACUGGUUUCAUUAUCAAAGCUGUUGUCUUUUGAUUAUUAUAUUCCUCUGAAGGUGUUAGAUUUAAGAGGUACUCGUAAUCUAAACAGAAUUCCAAAGGAAGUUUUCAAGUUGUUUCAUUUGAAGUAUUUGAGUUUGAGGAACACAGGGUUAAGAAAUGUUUCUAAAUCCAUAGGACGUCUUCAAAACUUAGAAAUUCUUGACCUGAAGUACAUAGAUGUGUUUGAGUUGCCAGUUGAGAUUGGAAAACUUCAUAAACUCUGGCAUCUCACUGUGGGCUCUAUUCAUAAUGGUGCUGUUUGUGCUCCUCUUGAGAUCGGGAGAUUGUUGUUUUUACAGAGGUUGAGUUAUGUACAAGCAAAGGAAACUAAUGGCGUCAAAAUGGUGUCUGAGAUAGGUAAUCUAACACAACUGAGAAAGCUUGAAGUUACAAAUCUGAGACAAGAAGAUGGAAAAGAAUUAUGUUCAUCCAUGGAAAAGUUGACAAACCUUAUCUCUUUAAGCCUUGUGACUGCUCAAGAAAAUGAAAAUGAGAUCCUUGAUAUCCAACAUUCGUUAUCUGCAGUUCCUCUUUGUCUUCGUACAUUAAAAUUGGGUGGGCGUCUAGAGAGGAUCCCUCAAUGGUUAUCUUCACUUGUAAGCCUAACUAAACUACGGUUGUGGCGUAGUUGUGUUCUUGAAGAUCCACUACUGCUUCUCCAAGAUCUACCCUUGUUAGCACAUCUUGAACUCUGGGACUCUUAUGAAGGGGAAGGGUUGUGUUUCAAAGCUGGAAAGUUCCCAAAGCUCAAGUUUUUGGGUAUUGGUGUUUUGAGGGCACUGAAAUGGAUAAUGGUGGAGGAAGGUGCAAUGCCCCAUCUUGAAGAGCUCUGGUUGCGUGAUUGCAAAUUGCUUGAACAGGUACCUUUUGGUAUUCAACAUUUGUCUAAACUCAAUUCAUUUGUAUUCAUGGGUAUGAACGAUACAUUGAAGCUUAGUUUAAAACCAAAUGGGGAAAACUACACAAAAAUAUCUCACAUUCCUCACAUUAAAAUUUAUAAAUGAUGAGAUAUAUAAUGCAUUUUCUGAAUGACCAGAAAGUGUAGUAUGUGCAAAUGUCCAUGUCUGUAUAUAUAUACACUUUGUUAUUCAUAAAAAAAUAGUGUUCUAGUCGAAUUUGAUUUUGUAUUUAAUUGUACUUUAUUUUAAUUCAAGUGUUUAGGGAGUAAAUAGAAGUCUUGAACAUCAGAGCUCUUUUAAAUAUGUAUAUUAAUUGAUUGUAGAUUAUCAUAUGUUUAUAAUUUUA